AUGGCUGAUAAAAAGUAAUAGGCGUAAGCAAAACCAGGAGUAAAAUUCUAGGAUCAACCAGCAAGUGUCUAACAAGUAGAAAACAAACCAUAAGUAAUUUACAAGAAUGCAACUGAAUAGAAGGAUCAAGCACUAAAGUAAUUUAAUAAAGUAACAGUUUUGAUUGAAUUUAGGUGUAAACCUUAUUUAAAACAUACACAGCAUCAGAUCCACAAUGUAUAAGAAAAGACACAGCAUAAUCUUUAAAAUCCUUGCUUGCAUCAUUGAGAGAUUGCAUGCAAGUUUUGAAUAUAGGAACAUUCGAGGAUAAGAAUUCAAAUUAUUAUCUAAUAUAUAAUGGAACAGUUUAUAUAUUUGAUAUUUGUCGAGUCUUAAGAAAAGUAAUGUUUUCAUCAAUAAUAUAAAUAGUCAAUAUACUAAUAUAUAGCAAUUGAAUUUCUGGCAUUUUGUAUUACAUCAAUGGAGGGAUGUAUAGUGCUAACAUCCAUUAAAUAUUUGGAUUGGAGGAUCAAACUCUAUGUAGAAUUGGCUCAUAUCUAUCAUUCCUUGUAAUCAAAGGCAUGUGCCUACAGGACAAUUGAUUUAGGGUUAUAAAAGGUAUAAGAAUUGAGAGAGUUGGAAGAAAUGGAUCCACCAUUGAUGGAUUAUAUGGAUAAGAUCUUAAAAUAGAAUACAAGAUUGCUGAAGAUAUUAGAAUUGAAAUUUAAAGUGCAAGCAGGAGUAUUCACUGUAGAUUAAUGGAAAAAGAAGAUUGAAGAAUUUGGAUAGGAUAAAGAGGCUAGAUGUUUGGCAAUUAUUGAAUCUUUACGAUUCUCACCUCCAAAUUUAUCUAAUACAGUCAAAUAAACACAUGUAGGAAAUUAAUUGAAAGAGUAAUUAGUAUAAGUUAGUUUUGACUUAUUGAAAAAUGAUAUGGAAAGAAUUGCAAUAGCAUUAGAAUAAUAGAUGGAUAAAAUAACAAAGACAGUUGAAUUUAAAUCAAAAAAUAUAUUGGAUGAAUUAGAGAGAAAUGAUAUGACAAAAAAGAGAAGGGAAUUUGAAGCUUCAUUAAUCAAAGAGAAAGAAUGGAGAGCUUUGGCUGAUGGUUUGCCAUUAGAAUAUUAAAUUGAAUUCGCACAUCAUGCAUAUGAUGUUGGAAAUAUCAAAGUCUUUGAAGAUAUUAGUAAUUCAGCUUAUGUAAGAUGUAAAUAUAGAAGAAUUGAAGUACCAUAUAUCUAAGAUGUUAACAUAUUGAUUAGUACUAAUCCUUAUCCUAACAUUCCUAAUGGUUAUGAUAAAAUUUAAAUUGAUAUUAAUGAAGCAAAUCUUAGAACAGAAUUGAAAAGACUUAGAAAUAAAAAUAAAGGUGAUUAAUAAUAAUAAUAAUAACAAACACAAAAGAAGGAUGAUAAAAAAGAUAAUAAAAAAUAACCUUAAUAAUAAGAGUAAGAAAAAUAAUAGACUGAUUAAGUUGGAUUGGGUGUUUAAGCCACAGAUUCAGAAUUGGCAUAGAUCAAUCAUAAUUAUAUUUAUUUAGUUUAUAAAAAAUCAAUGACUCCUGAUAAUGCUAUCUAUGAAAUUGAUGUGGUUAUGGCUGAUGAAGAAUAAGGACCUGUUGAAAAAAUGAAUUAAGGAUAUCGAGCUAUUGCAAUACCCAUAAAAUAAUAUACUGGAGUCAGAGAAAAGUAUAAAACAGUACCUUAUUUAUUACUUAAACAUACUAUGAAUGAGUUAUCUGAUGAAAAUGAAAAGAUGACUCUUUUAGUUGGAAUCAAACCAUUAUUUGGUAAGAAUCCUCUCAUUAGACCAGAUUUUGGAUAUUAAAAAAUAAAUUUAGACUUAAGAUAAACUCCAAAAGAGUUUAUUAGAAGUCCUGGUAUGGAUUAUAUUUACAUUACAUAAAAAACAGAUAAAUAUUAUUUUGUAAAAGAAAGAGAAUUAUAAAUAUUGAUUCAUUUUAUUAAAUUAGAAAAGUCAUAUUAAAAAGAAAUUUCAUAAAGUAUAGAGGAUGACAGUAGAUUAGAAUUGGAAAUAUGUUAUGAUUUAUAAUCACUUAAAGAAUUGAUGGAUAUGAUAAGUAGUUGUUUGGUUGGACCAUUAGGAAUCCAUUUCUUAAAAGAAAAAAGAGAUUUUCUAUCAUAAUUAGUAUUUCUUUUAUGGAGAAAAUAUUUCUUACCACCUCUUUAUUAGAUGCAAUUUAUCUAAGAGUUAUUGAUAACUUAAGAGAUGAGUAGAUAGGAUUAUAGUCGUUAUGAUAAAUUAAUUUAAACAGCAAGGGAGAUUUUUAAAAAUGGAUUAUUAGUUUUGAAUGAGAUACUAUUUAAAAUACCUUAUGUUGAUAUAAUAUUAUUAUGCAAAGUGAAUUUAUCACUUGCUAAAUUUUUAGAAGAAGAGAAAGAAGCAUAAGUUGCUGAGGAGAAUUUGAAAAUUUGUAUUGAUAGAAUAAUUUAGCAUAGAAAUUCAUUAACAGUAAGAGGUGUUGAUUCACAGAAAGAUUUAUUUUUACCUUUUGCAGUUACAUGUUCAAAUUUUAAAAUAGAUGAAAUGAUGAAUAGAAUGAGGGAAGCUUGGAUUAAUCAAAAAAAUUAAAUAAAUAGAGAGAUUAGAAUAAAAAAUAGAUCAAAUAACAAAAAAUAAUAAUUAGAAGAUGAUGAAUUAAAUGAAGAGGAAUAUGAAUUACUUGAAGCAUAUUAAUCUUUAUUAGGAGAUGAUAAUAAAGAUACAAGCACUCUUUCAAUUUAAUAAAAGAUUAAUGAGACUGAUUUAAUUAUAAAUGCUUUACAUGCAGAUUUAACUGUUGCAUUAUAUAGAUGUUAAUUAAAAGCAGGAUUAGAUAUUUAGAAAAAUUCAAUAAAGAAAACAUCUUUAGAAGAAGAAGUCGAAGGAGUUUCUUAAGCUAUACAAAAGAAGAUGUCAAUUAUGUAAGGAGAAACUGCCUAAACUAUUAAGAAGAAUGUAAAUCAAUUAUAAAGUACUCUUUAAAAAGAAGGAAAGUUGAAACCACCAAAACCUGUUAUACAUUAAUUUGAAACAGAAAUAAUGAAUUAAGUUAAUAAAAAUCCUUAUGCAAAUUGUUUAUUAUAUAUGCUUUUGGCUAGUAUUAAGUAGAAAUAAACAGAAUAAAGAUCAUUUUUAGUUGAUUCAUUAAAGUUUUUACAAUAAGCAGAGAAGGAAGAGUAAUUACAUAUUGAAAAUGGAAUUAAUGAUGCUAUCUUUGUUAUGUCUACAUUAUGUGAUAAUAUUGAUACUCAAAGUACAUCAAAUAAUGUAUUUCCAUAUAAUAUGUUGUAUAAUCCAUAAUAUAUUAAAUCUACAUAAGUACCUCGUAAACCAAUUUUAAUUAGUAGAAAUUCAGAAUCUGUAACAUUUAAAUUGCCACCUUUCAAACCAAAAUUAUUAGAUAUGAUAGCUAUUGAUUAAGCAAAAAAGACUAUUACUAGUAUGGCAAUAUUUGGAAAAAUAAGUGCAAAUGGAGUAAAUGUAUCUCUUACUUGUAAUGAUUUAAAUAAUACUGGAAUUAGAUAGAAAAUAGGAGCAAUAGUUACUAUGAAUGGAUUACAAAGGAAUGAAAAAUAUUGUUUUGCUGUUGCAGCUUAUGAUGGUACUGAAGGUGUAUCAAAUGGAAUUGGAGAAACAGGAGAUGAUAUUACAACAUUACAUCCAUUACCAUUACCUUUAUUAGCAUCAUAUUUAUGUAAAGUUGCAUAUUAAUUAUCUAAUUUUGAUAUUUGUGAAGAGGCUGCUGAUUUUUGUAUUAUGUAAUUUACAGAAGAUAGUGAAUUUAUAGAUCGUUAAUUACACAAUGAACUUAAUCCAAUUCAUAUUAAAAGAUUACUCUAAUAAAGAAUUAAAUCAGUUAGUUUAAUGGAAAUAUAAAAUUUAACAGAAACUUUAUUAAUUAAAGCUAAAUGUUUGUAAAAGAAGAUUACAAAUACAGGAACUUAAGCUUAGAAACAUAUAGUAUUAUUAAAGAUUUGCAAUUAUUUAUUGCUUUCUUUAGAAACUUCAUUAUGUUGUAGACAUUUUACAAUUGCUAAAAGAAUUGUAGCUGAAUUAUACAAUAUGUUAGAAUCAUUUUAAUAAGAAAAACCAUUAUAAGUAUUUCACUUGUUACUUAAAGCAUAAAUUAUUAUAGUUGAAAUACCUAAACAAUAUUGGGAUGCCAAUCUACGUAUAUUAUCAGCUAAAUUUACAUAUGAAAUAUUAAAAGUAUGUAUGAAAUUAAAUGAAAUUACAUUGGGAAGAAGAGUUAUAACUGCAGAAUUAUAAUCAUUUAAUAGAAAGUGGUAUUAAGUACCUAAAAUAAUCAUGAUUGAAUAAGUAGAAGACACAAAAAAGGAUACUAAAAAAGAUGUCAAAAAGGGAGGUAAACCAUAAUAAAUAGAUGAACCUGCAUAACCACCUAAAUAAGUACCUAAGUUAAUUAGAGAAUUAUAUGAAGUGAAUUCAACUGUUUAAGAUUAUUUAGAAGAAACUUUAUUGGCUAUGAAUGAUGAAUUUGGUGAUUAUGUUCCUUCAUUUGUUGAAAAAUGGAAAGAAUAAAUUGAUCAAUUGAUUCCCUACAUGGAAAAUCCAUCUGAUCAAAUAGAUAAGAUAUUUAGUGAAUUAUCAAUAAGGUUAGAAUAUUGGGAAUGUAUAAAAGAUUUAUCUACUGCCACUUAAAAAUUACCAAAAUAACACCCAAUUUAUAUUGAAAUGUUAUGUAAAUUAAUAAGGAGAAUGAUUUAAAGUAAUAUAGAUUAUAAAAUUAUUUAACCACUAGCUGUUUUUAAUGAAUAAUUUUAACCUAGUGUUGCUUUAGCAAAUGAUAUUACUUAAAUUUAACAAAAAUGUAUCUAAUUGGAUAUUGAGUUUUAUCCUGCCUUAUUACCAGAAUUGAUUAUAGAUAAAAAUACUAAUAAAGUAGGAAAUGAUGAUGCCAUUUAAUUAUUUGAAGAAUUUAAUACAAAAAAAACUUAAUUGUUAGAAUAAUUAAAAAUUGAAGGUUAAACAAUAAAUAGAUUUGGAAUAAUGUCAAAGGCAAAAAGAUUUGAAUAUGUAUAAUUAUGGAGAAGUGAAUUAAGUUAUUUGAAAGCUAUAUUGUCUUAUAAAAGUAAUAGAAUUAGAUUAGUUGAUGUGGAUUGUUUUGUUUCUGUCUUUAAUUUAGAUAUUGAACAUUUAAAAGAAUUGAUAAAUGAAAAUGAAUCUUAAAAACAAAUUAAAUAAUAAUAAUAAGCAUUAUAAUAAUAAAAAGAACAAUAAUUAUAAUAACUUUAAUAAUAAUCAUAAUAAAAGUAACCUCCUGCAAAAUAACCUCCAGGAAAAUAAUAAGUUUAAUAACCAAUUGUAGAAUUAAGUGAAGAAGAAGAAUUAAUAUAAUUAUCAACUCAAAUUAUUAAAAAUGUUGCAGAUGCUUGUGGAUUUGCUGUUUGGAGUAAACAAUAUAUUGUUAUGUUAAAUCAUGUUAAAUUUUUAUAUAAUUUUUUAUUAAAAGAAUAAAUAACUCCAUUUAUUCAUUUAGGAUAAUGUUGGUAAGACUUAUGUUUUAUUGGAAAUUGUAUUAAUAUGUUAAUAAGAGAGGUCAAAGAUCAUGGUUGGUUUUAAGUAAAAGAAUAGGCAGAAAAUGAAUUGGCAUUACAACCACACAUGCCAUAAUAAGAUUUUGUAUUUGAACCACCUUUACCCAAUACUGAACCAAUUAGACCAUCUUUACUUACUUAAUUAUCUAAAGAUUGUUGGUUCAGUAAAUAUAAAGAUAUGGAUUUAUUAGCUAAUAUUAUGGCAUAUAUUGUAUAAUCAUUAAUGGUGGAGUAAAAGUGGAAUAGUUUAAUAGGAAUAUCAAGAUAAUUUUGUAAUUUAACCACUCAUUAUUAUUCUUAAUAUAUUUUACCAUUUACAAUUCAUGCAUAAACUAUCUUAUUUAAAGAAGCUUAAAAUAAAACAUAAUUAAAAUAAGAAGAACUUAAUGCAAGAACACAAGCCUUUUAGGUUUGGGAAUAAACAAAGAAAAAGAAAACUAGAUCAUCAUUGUUAACUUAAGAGAUACCUUAAGAAGAAUAGGAUUAUCGUGCAGAUAGAGAAAUGUUAAUAUAAUAAAUUCAUUUAUUAUAACAAAAAUAAGAUUUCAUAGAGAAUUAAUUAAAAGUAAGUGAAAAGCUCAUUUAAGAAAUAAAUAGAGAUGCAAAUUAAGCUUUAGAAAAUUUGAAAUAAGCAAGAAAAUUAUAUGAAAAAUUUGCUAUAGAUGAUGAAUUGUUAAGUAAAGAAAGCAUACAAUUAGAAUUUAAUUCUGAACAAUUUUUAUUGAAAUAGACUACAAUAGAUAAGAAGUAAUUACAAUUGAUGGAUUAAACGUUGAAAUAAAAGAAGAAAAAUCACAAAUAGUUUGGUAUGUAAGUAAUUUCUAAAUAUAAAUUAACAUGUGAAUUAUUACAUAAAAGACAAGAGAAAUUUGCAUAGGCAUUGGCUUUAAAAGAAUUGGGAUCAUUGAAUUUUGCAAUGUAGAAUUAUGCUUAAGCUGAAGAAUCAUGGAGUGAAAGUUUGGAUACAAUAUUUUAAAGAAUAUUUGUAUUAAAAAGUAGUGCAUUCAGAUAAAUUAUAUAGGAAUGUAAUAAAAAUAAUUAAUUACUUGCAUAAACUUAUGGUAUUCAAUAAUGUUUAAUUGGUGUUACAUUGUGUUCUAUAUUAGCAUAUAAUUGUUAUUAUUCUAAUUGUCAUUAAUAAAGAGAAAGUGCAAUUUUGGCAUCUGAAUUAGUAUCUUCAGUACUAAAAUUAUAAAUGAUUAAUGGAUUGGAUUGGUAAGCAUUUAUUCACUCUAAAGAAGUUGCAAUUGGAAAUAUAUUUAAUGAUAGAUAUGUAUUAGAUCCAGCUGAAUUGGCUUUGUCUUGUGAAAGAUGUGCCUGGCUAUUGUUAGAUAGAGAUGAAGCUUUAAGAGCAGUUCCUCUAAUUAAUUUACUUGGAGAAUUAAGCAAUAGAUUAUAAAGUAAUUUCUAUUCAGUACGUGCUAAAUUAUUAAGAUCAAUAGCCUUGUCAUCUAUUGGAUAUAUUAAUUAAGCAUAUUAAGCUUUAUUAUAAAUUGCAAAUGAGAAGGAUUUACCAGAUUAAUCAAGUUCACUUUGGUAAUCUAGAGUUUCAGGAAAAUGGUGGUAUUCAAAUUUAGAAUGGAAUAAUUCAAUACCUCCUUAUGACGAGAAACAUACACAAUUAACAGAAAAGAUACUCAAAGAAUUAGAGUUAACUAGAGAAUUUGGUUUGAAAUAUGGUUUAUAGAAUGAGAAUAUUUUCAAUUAUGCUGUUGCACUUUUAGUUUAUAAUAUACAUUCUGGGGAUAUUAUUGAAAAAUGGGAAAUCAAUGAUUUAAGAUGUAAAUUCUUAAUAAAAGUUGAAUCUAUAUUGAGAAAUACUUUAAAUAAAUUGAAUUAGGAAGAAUAAAUAGAAUAAAAAAUAUUGACUAAACCAAAGGAGGAAAUCUUAGCUGAUCCAAAAAUGGAAGAUUAUUAUCAUUUAUAAGGAACAACUAAAUAAAUUGGAGUAACAAAUAAUUAAGAAGCUUUAACAUAUUUAUAAAAAAGAGAAGAGAGAAUGUAUAUGAUGGCAAGAUCUAGAAAUUUAAUGGCAAAAGUUAAUGUUAGUAUGGGUUAAAUUACAAGAGCAUUGUAUAUAUUCAAAUAUGCAAUUGAGAAUUUAUAAUCAUAUACACUUGAAUUGUCUACAAAUGAGAAUGGUGAGGAAUUGGAAAAUUUACCUUGGGAUCAAUUAAAACCAUAAGGAGUAGUUGAGGAUAAGAAGGGAGCUAAAAAAGCACCUGAAAAGAAAGGUAAGGAAGGAAAAGAAUCUAAAGAUAAACCUAUUGCAGAUGAAGCACCUGCUGUAAAAACAGAUGCAUAAAUAAAAUUAGAAGAAACAAUUUUAUAAAUUGUUGAAGCAAGAAAAACUAGACAUUCAAUUAAUAUAUAUUAUUGGAUUAAAUUAAGAACUGAAUUAACAUUAUUAUUGUAUAGACAUAAUCGACAUGAUGAAGCUUUAGAAUAUAUGGAAAUUUUGAUGAAUGAUUGCAAAUAAUUUAAUGAUAAUUUUCAUUAAAGAUUAAUAAUUGAAUAUCAAGCAAGAAUAUAAUUUAAGAAAGGAAAAUCAGUUGAAUCCAUUAAGAAAUUUAAAGAAGCUAUAGAAAUUGGUUAAAAGAAUUUCCAUUAAGAUCCUUAAAUGAUUGUUUUAUAUGGUGAUCUUGGAGAAAUAUAUUAUGAAAAAAAUGAAUUAUAAGAAGCCAAACAAUAAUUUUAUGAUGCUUAUUAAAUGGCUGAAUAAUUAAUGUAGAUGAUUAAUUAUGGAUAUGGAGUAGUACCUAAUUGGAAUUAAAAAUGUGGAUAAGAAAAGAUUUAGAUUUGCUAAGAUUUGUGUGUUCCAUUGGAAAUAGAAUAAGAAAUAUUAAAAAAGACUGAUAAAUAAAUAAAAACUACUAAGAAAGAUGAAAAGAAAAAAGAUGAUGGUAAAGUAGUAAGAAAGGGAGCUGAUAAGUAAACAAAAAAAGAUAAUAUUGAUAAACCAUAAAUGCCAAUAAAGGGAUUAAAUUAAUUACCUAAUUUUAAUUUCAUUUAACCAACAAAACUUACAUAUACAACAGUAGAUAUAGAUACAAUUAAUAAUACAUAAUAUCAAUAUAAUUGUUAUUUAAAGAACAUUGAAUUAUGGUAGAGAGCAUCAUUAAGAUAUGUUGAUAUAAUGAUUACAUUAAAUUAAGCUAAUGAGAAUUCUACAAUAUCAAUAGAUUCUUAAGAAUCAUCAGUUGCUUCAGAUUCAGAAAGUGAUAAAUCUUCAGUUAAAGAUAUAUUUGAUAUUAAUGUAAUUAGUGAAAUUGUUAAUAAAAUUGAUACUUCAAUUAGUAAAAGUAUAAAUGUUCCUAUAAGUUUCAGAUUAGAAUUGUAUUAUUUAUAAAGUAAGAUAUUUAAAAUGAGAUUUGUUUAAUUACUAUUAAAUUUACAAUAAAAGUAUUUUAUGAAAUAUUUAUCUGGUAAAAAUAAGAAAUAUGCUGAUUUCUAUGAAAAAAGACCUCAUAGAGAUUUAGUAAGAAAUAAAUACUUUUUACUUAUUCCUCCAUUUUGUUAAUUACUUAAAGAAUAGGGAUUAUAAUAUCUUAUGUAAGCAAAAGAAAGUUUGUCAAAAGCUAUUAGUGUAAUUAGAGGAGAAGCUGUGUUAUUUGAAUAUAAUAGAAAACCAGAAGAUAUCUUAGUUGCAAUGGCUGAGAUUUGUUUAUUUAUUAGAGAAUAUCGAGUGAGAUAAGGAUACAGAUAUGUGAAGGUUGAUUAUUUAUAAUCCUUAAUUAAUUCUAAGAGUAAUUAUUAUUAUUAAUAUAUUUAGAUACUGAAUAAAAUAAAAUAGAUUUGGAAUAAUAAUUAAUUAGUAUGGAAAGAUCAGAUAGAUUGGAAUAACUUAAUUUAGAAUUAGAAGCAUAAAGUUAUCUAAAAUAUGCAAUUGAAUUAGUUAAAGCAAGACAAGAAUUAUUAGAAAAUUUUGCUGCAGUUGCACUAACACCAUUACCAGAUGUAAAUAAAUUGGCACUAGAAAUUUAUACUGAAAUAAUCGAAUAAGAUUAUUAAUAUAAGAAAAAAUAUAAUCCUAUGUUAUUUGAUGAAUCCAAGAAAAAAGUUGGUGUUUCAUCAAUGGAUGUUUUAUAAUUUAUUUAAAAAGUAUGGAGAGAAGCAAAAGUAAUGACUUUUAGUGGAGCAUAUUUAUAAAGAAUGAUUUCUAAAACUCAUCGUUUCUUAAAAUUACAUAUGUAAUCUUAUCAAAAAUGUUUGAUAACUUCAUUAGAGGUAGCCCCAAAAAAUGAUGUGAAUGCUGUAUUUAUAGAUGAAGGCAUAAUUGUUACUAAAUUAUUGUAUAAUCCUGUUGCACAUGAAUUUAAAGUUCUUUAUGUUUUAGGAGGAUUAAAUAAGGACAAAAUUAUUACUUCAUUAUCUAAAGAAGAAAAGGAUAAAUUAAUAAUAUCAGAUGAAAAAAAUGUAUUAUAUGGUAAUAUAUAUAUUACUGAUGCCAAUAUUUCUAUGCUUUUAUAAGAUGCUCUGAAUUUAUAAUCUAAAAUGAAGGAAUCAGAUUAAUAAUCAUAAAAGAUGAAAGAAAGAGAUUACAAACAUCAUAAAAAGGCAUUCUAUAAAUUAAUUGAAUAACUAGGAUUCUAUUUCUUCUAAAAACCAAGUAUAAUUUAUAUUAAUUUAGGCACAAUUUAAAUGUAAAAUGGUUAAACCCAUGAGACUGUUAAAAAGAAUGUAGCAUUUAAAAAAUCAGAAUCCUUUAUGUAAGAAUAAAAUGAACCAGAUAUUCUUGCAAAAUAUGAAGCAAUAGUUCCAGAAUUAACUCAUGAUAACAUAACCAUUUUAAUCAAUUUAUUCAAUGAUUAAGGAGUAUUGUCCAUAAAUCACAAUUAUUUAGCUAUUUUAAGAUAUUUCCAUCAUUAGAAAUAUAAAUGA